AUGAAGAGAAAAUGGGAGGAAAGACUGAAGAAAGUGGAAGAACUAGCGUCUCACUACGAAAGAAACCCGCUUCCUCCAGUUUAUAGACCAAAACUAUCCAAACCCUUUCUGCCAUCCCCUGUUUGGAAAAUAUUUUGUCGGCAGGCUGAAGCUUUCAAUUAUGUAAAAACCUGCAAAGAGGAUGUUCAUGUAUUUGCCUUGGAAAAGAACACACAAAGUGGACAGAGGUUUUACCUUGUAACAACAUAUAAAGAGCUUUGGUUUUAUUACACCAAAGGUUAUAAAACAAGUCUUAUGCAUUGCUAUGAAAUAAUUCCUGAAAAAGAUGCUUGCAAACUUUAUUUUGAUUUGGAGUUCUACAAACCAGCAAACCCUGGUGCUGAUGGCAAGAAUAUGGUUGCAAAGUUAAUAGAGCUUGUCAGCCAAAAAUUAGAAGAACUUUAUGAUGUAAAUUGUUCAGCCAAAGACGUCUUGAAUUUAGAUUCCAGUACGGAUGAAAAAUUUAGUCGACACUUAAUAUUUCUACCCCAAAAGACUGUAUUUAAGGAUAAUAUUCAUGUUGGUAACUUUGUGAGAACCAUUUUGCAGCCUGCCAUAAGGUUAAUGGAGAGUAAAGCUGCUGCUGUGAUUCCAGAAGAAGGAGCAGGACAUGUUUUCCAGUGUUCUGCAGAAGCAGUUGGAUUAGACGGUUCUCCUGCAAACCUCACAGCCAUCAAAGAUGCUUCCAAAGGCUGGCCAGCUGUUGCUUACAAAACAAAGGAUGCGGAAACAUCACACCAGGCAGAAAAUUCACAAUUUUCCUUUCUAAUAGUAAAUGAUAAAGAAGGAGACAAGCAACUUUUUGUGGAUCUAGGAGUUUAUACAAAGAAUAGAAAUUUCCGGAUGUAUAAAUCAUCAAAAGCAGGAAAAAAUGUGAUUCUGAAGAUAGCAGAGGAUAAUAAGUUUGUCCCUAACAGUGAAGAGAAUGUUUCCUUGGAAGAAGCGUAUUUUCUUUCCUCUUUGAUCUGCAACAUUAGAGUGAGGGAUGACACAAAAGUUCUGUCAUCUGGCUUUUCAGAGGAGGAGAGAAAAAUGUCUGCUUUUUUAAACAGUAGAACUACCAGAAGCAGUAGAGAUUCCAUGGAAGCUUAUCAGGAUUCACCAUAUCCAGAAAUUGAUUGUUUUGUUCGUUCUUUGGUUAAUAAAGAUGGAGUGCAAGGAGGGAUACGACGGUGGAAUUAUUUCUCUCUGGAAGAAAUACUUGUAUAUGAUAUUUCUGGUUACCGCUGGUGUGAAAAUAUUGGAAGAGCUCACAAAAGUAACAACAUAAUGAUUCUGGUAGAUCUAAAGAAGGAGGUCUGGUAUCAAAAGUGUCAUGAUCCAGUCUGCAGAGAAAAAAACUUCAAGUCACAAAGUUUUCCAUUACCACCUUGGAUAUGUCUCCCUUUUCUUUUCAAAGAGGAAGAGGACCCAGUAAUGGAUGAAAUGGGAGAAAAAGUAAAACCACAUUCUAAUGCGGCAGACUUGUCAAAAAGCUCAGUAUCUUCAGAAAAAAGCUUGUCUCAAGACUUCCUGUUGUCAGACAGCGAGUGGGACAAUGCAAGCAAUGAUGCCCAUUUCCUAGAAGCUACUGAAAAUGUGGAACUAGCUGAAGCUGCAAAUGAUAGUCUGAAUUAUGCCAUGGAAGAAAUUCCUGAUGAAGUUCUUUUGGAAGCCUUAAGGAAACAGUACACUUGCAGUAAAGGCAGCAGGUAG